AAGAUUUUCAUACUAUGGAUAGUACUGAUAAAACAACAAACGACAUCCAUAUAUCUAGAAAAUUGUUUUAAGUAUGUAAUCAUUGUCCAAUAUUUUUGUGUUUUUUUUGUUUUGACAACUGUGAUUAUCUUCCUCAUGAAUAGACUAAUGUUUUACUAAAAUCUAUUUUAUUCAAAUCAUAUCAAUUUUAAAAAAAUUCAUAUUUAAACAAAUUAACUAAUUCCUAUUUCAAAUUGAUUCUUGAACAAUAUCAAUAACAAACCAUUUUAUCAUCAAUGUCAAGACAAACAUUCAAUGAAUUUUUAGCUGGUGCUAUUGGAGGAUUAGCUGGCUUAACGGUUGGUCAUCCAAUGGAUACUGUCAAAGUUGUUAUGCAAAGUUCGUCGAGAAAUUUAACAUUUAAAGAAGCAACUGAUUCGAUUCUUGAAACCGGACUAAGACGAUUUUUUACUGGGCUUGCAAUUCCGUUUUAUUCAUAUGGAUUUAUCAAUGCCGUAGUAUUUACUGCAUACAAAGAGUCACUAAGUAUAUUUGAUGCAACUGGUCAGUCCCCAUUUGCAAAUGCUAUGGCCGGUGCUAUAUCAGGAGCUGUACAAUUGAUACCAGCUGUUCCAGUUGAAGUUAUUAAAAUACGACAACAAUCCAUAGCAAGUCAUCCAGGUGAAAAACAACUGACUGCUAGAAAAUGUAUUCAUACCAUUUUACGUAUGCAAGGAUUUACUGGGUUUUACUCAGGAACAAUUAUUCAAGCAUUUCGUGAUAUUCCAGGACUGACUGCUUAUUUUUAUGCUUAUUCUGAAUCAAUAAAAAUAGGAAAACAUAUUGGUUUGUCAACAUUUUGGUCUGCUUUUAUUGGUGGUGCAAUAAGUGGAGCAUUAUCUUGGUGUGUUUCAAUGCCAUUUGACGUAAUAAAAACAAGACAACAAGUUGGUAAUGGAAUCACAAUUACAAAUGUUCUAAAUACACUAUUAAAAGAAAAAAGCUACAAAAUAUUUUUCCGUGGAUUUAACGUUGUUAUCACUAGAGCAUUUGUAGUUAAUGCAUGUACAUUCGCUGUCUACGAAACAGUUUAUGAACAUCUUAAAAAAUAUUAGUGAUAUUGGAAUUUAUCUUAUUUUUGCUGCUUAAUGCGAUUGUUUUUAUAAAGUUUGGAAAAUAUUUUAUUGAAAAGAUUUAUUAUUCAGAUUGUUAG